AUGAAAGACAAAAAACAAAUCAACAUUGCGGUCAUCGGCUCUGGAUUGGCCGGGUUAUCCACUGCUUAUCUGCUAGAGAACAGCCAGCAUAACAACAUCAAUGUGCAUUUAUUCGAAAAGAACGCCUCUGUCGGUAUGGAUGCUGCCUCCAUAUCCGUUGGACCAGAGAAAGACUUUAGAAUCGAUGUCCCAAUGCGUUCAUACAUGUCUGGCUACUACUCACACCUAUUCAGAUUGUACCAGCAUUUAAACAUUCCGGCUAAAAAGGCCAAGUUUAGCUUUGGGUGGUAUCGCAUCAUGCAAUCCAAAUCAAAACCAUUGUGCAAGAAUAUGGACCCAAGCCAGGUUGCAUCCUAUACGACGAAUGACUCCUAUCUAGUAUACAGUGGUGCACGUACUGUGGGCCAUUUGGAUAUGGUCAAAUCAUCGACAUCCUCCACCAUGCUGGACUUUAUUGGAGACAUUGGCCGAUUCAUAUGGAGAUCGUUUGUGGUUGCCUUUUCGUACCUAUGGCUUAUGUUCAUUUCGCUGUGGAUGUACUAUCGCGGCCAUCUUCACAACCCCCAUCAUCCCAUCUGCAACAUGACACUAGGCCAAUUUUUCAAGACUUACCACGUUCAUUCAUACUUUGCGCAUGAGAUAUUCGUGCCAUUAUUCGCAGCUGUUUGCACCAAUUCGUAUCAAUCCAUGUUGAGCUAUCCAGCAUCAGAUAUCUUAGAAUAUAUGGCAAUGGGCUUGUUUCAGGAAUCAUAUGUUGCUGGUUUCGGUGUACAGCAGGUGGUGAAGAAUAUCUCGACUCCAUUACAGAAUGUGCAUUUAGAAACGCAAAUCACCAGCAUCAAACCCAACGUAAAGCCUCAGCAUCGCUUCGAACUUACAGACGAGCACGAUCAAGUGUACGACAUUGACCACAUUGUAUUCGCUACUCAAGGCAACCAAGCCCUCUCCAUGCUGAAUGAAUACGUUUCGUCGCUCAAGCAAGAACAAGAGGAAUCAUUUGAAUCAUGGAAAGCUGCACGCGAACCCAUGAUGAAGAGUGUGCAAGCUCAAAUGGACAUGCUGCAAACCUUUUGUUACGACACUGCGCUUGUCAUUAAUCACACUGAUACAAGAUUACUCCCCUCUGAUCAGAGCAAUUGGAAGGCGCUUAAUUUAGCCAUUGUAGACAAAAGUGUGGAUCCCGGACACAGCGACCUCAUUGUGCCUUAUCCCCAUGACACGACUAUGGCCACGCACAUCAUCAACUUAACACAUAGCAGUUUGAAGAAAAAAACGGAUCAUCUCUACAUGCAAACCACCAACCCUUGCGUGGCUGUGGAUCCCAAGAAGGUGCUAUCUGUUGCUUGGUUUGAGCGUGCUACUGUGACAUUGGAAUCCAAGAAAGCCUUACAGCAGUUGUUCAGUGUAGAUAAAGACACAAAUGAAAUAUCAUUAGGAGCAUGUCAAGGCAAGAAUGGCAUCUGGUUUGUUGGUUCGUAUUGUUGGAAGGGGAUUCCUUUGCUAGAGGGUUGUGUUGCGAGUGCAGAAUACGUGGUGACAAAGGGCAUUGCUUCUGCUGAGGGAAUCGAGAUCCAAGCGCCAUGGUAA